AUGUCUUUUCCUCCUCCGAGUUCAGGGCAACCACAGGGAGGGUACUAUCCUCCGCCUCCAGAUAGUGGUCAAGCCUUUCCUCCUCCGCCUUCUCAGCCAUCAUUCCCUCCCCCUCCAUCAGGCGCUUCUCCACCUCCAACACAUGCAGCCCAGACACCAUCACCUCCUCCACUUCAACAACCGACUGCCCAAAGACCAUACAACCAUGGCACUGCUGUUCCGGCCUCCGCUCCAGCUUAUAAAACUACCUUUGACCAUGCAGCGAUUCACAACCGUCAGCCUUCUUAUAAUGGGCCGAGUGCUACUCAGCAAACUGAACAAACAGUCACUUCUCCGCGAUUGCAGAAAUUGACUAAAGAGAUGGGUAAUAUGAUGAGGGCACCAACAGGACCACAGAUGCCCGGAGUUCCGGAAGGAGGACAAUUUGUAGGUGUACAGUCCACGGCUUCAGACGACGUGGGAACAUUUAAUGGAGGCUCCUACCGGAUAUCCCACCGCGAUUCCAACUCUAUCCUCACCAUUCAACUGGCCAUGGGGUGCCCUAUCACUGCCAAACCAGGAGUCAUGAUCGCCAUGUCUCCAUCCGUGAUGUUGAAGGGAGCUGUCAAGUUUAGCAUGAAGAAAUUGCUGAUUGGAGGCGAGAUGGCUCAUUCGACAUUCACCGGUCCAGGAGAAUUGCUGCUCGCUCCGGGCACUUUGGGUGACAUCUCAAUCCUGCGACUUGGAGGCAAUGAUACCUGGAGUGUAGGACGAGAUGCUUUUCUUGCAUGCACACAGGGCGUUAUCAAAGAGUACAAAAAUCAAGGAAUCAGCAAGGCCAUGUUUUCAGGUGAGGGUCUGUUUGUGUACAAGAUGUCUGGAACCGGGAUCCUGUGGAUGUCCACAUUUGGAGCAAUCCUGAGAAAGGAUCUCGUCGAAGGUGAGAAAUACAUUAUUGACAACGGCCAUCUUGUGGCGUGGAACUGCAAAUACAUCCUCGAGCGAGUGGCUAGCGGCGGUAUCAUCUCCGGAAUCAGUAGCAACGAAGGUCUGGUCUGCAAAUUUACUGGCCCUGGAACCGUGUACAUGCAGACCAGAAAUGCCACCGCUUUCUCGGCCUUUUUGAGCGGAAACGCACACCGCGAGGUAUAA